GCUGCUGCUCCCGGGUUCCCCUUCACCGCGUGCUCCAUGGCGGCGGCGAUGGCGACUGGCGACGGCAGCGGCGACGCAGGUCAUUUCGGAGCAGCAGACAAAGUCUGGGUAGCAAACGAGACCAAGGCUGAGAAAAUGUUCGAAGCCAAGAAUGACAAAGCCAAUGAUUUUGUUGAAGCAAGUAAGCUCAAGGCCAGCAGUGUUUUGGUGCAUCCCAUUGCCGAGGCGUUGAAGGCUGAGGAGCAGCUAUUUCACUCUGUGAAAGAGGAGACCGAGGAUCAGUUCUUAGAUGGAAGUUCAUCUCUACCUGUUGAUCCCGAGGCCAGUGGCCCAUUCGUCGUCACGGAGGUGAUGACAAAGGAGGAAGAGAAGUUAUAUGAGGCACGAGUUAAGGUAGAGGAAGAAGAAGAGGCUAAAAGGAAAGAAGAAGCUGCAAGACUUGCUUUUGAUCCCAAUGCACGGUUUAGCAAGUUGGAUGAGCUGCUGACACAGACACAGCUCUAUUCAGAAUUUCUACUUGAAAAGAUGGAGGAGAUUACAGAUAAAGUUGUUGAACCUCAAGAUGAAGAGGAACCUGUGGACGACAAGAAGAAAGGACGUGGUAAAAAGAGGACAACGAAUUCUAAGCCACAGUACAAUGAUAAGAAGGCCAAGACGGCGGUGGAAGCAAUGCUCACAAGAUCCCGCGAAGAUCGUUCUGCUGAUGAUGGUACUAUCACAGAAGAAGAAAGGUGGGAAAAGGAGCAAGCCAAUCUUGUUCCAUUAAUGACUGGCGGACAGUUGAAAUCAUACCAGAUAAAGGGUGUGAAGUGGCUAAUAUCUCUCUGGCAGAAUGGGCUAAAUGGGAUAUUAGCUGAUCAAAUGGGCCUUGGGAAAACAAUCCAGACAAUUGGAUUUCUUACUCAUCUUAAAGGGAAAGGCAUGCAUGGUCCAUACAUGAUAAUUUCUCCUCUUUCCACUCUCUCAAACUGGGUAAAUGAGAUCUCAAGGUUUGUUCCAUCUCUUGCUGGCCUGAUUUACCAUGGAGACAAAGUGACUCGGGCAGAGAUAAGAAGAAAAUUCAUGCCACAAACUAUUGGUCCUGAUUUCCCAAUCAUAAUCACUUCAUAUGAGAUGGCCAUGUCAGAUGCAAAGUUUCUUGCUCAUUAUAAUUGGAAGUAUGUCGUUGUAGAUGAGGGACAUCGGUUGAAAAAUUCUAAGUGUAAGUUAUUGAGAGAGUUAAAGCGCAUUCCAAUGGCCAAUAAACUUCUUUUGACUGGCACACCUCUUCAGAAUAAUCUGGCAGAGCUGUGGUCGCUAUUGAACUUCAUUUUGCCUGAUAUAUUCUCAUCCCAUCAGGAAUUUGAGUCAUGGUUUGAUUUUUCUGGGAAAGGAGACGAGCAGCAACAGGAAGAAACUGAUGAGAACAAAAGAGUACUUGUUAUUUCGAAGCUUCAUGCCAUUUUGCGUCCAUUUCUUUUAAGACGGAUGAAGGAGGACGUAGAACAGAUGCUUCCACGGAAGAAAGAGAUAAUCAUAUACGCUAACAUGACUGCGCAUCAAAGGCAAAUCCAGACUCACUUGAUUGAGAAAACAUUUGACAACUACUUACAUGAGAGCACAGAUAUAGUGCUGCGAAGACCUGGCAUGAAGAUGAAGCUAAAUAACCUAAUGAUUCAGCUGAGGAAAAACUGUGCACAUCCUGAUCUUUUCAAUGCUGCAUUCGACUCAACAAGCCUCUAUCCACCUAUCGAUAAGCUUCUGGAACAAUGUGGCAAAUUUCAGCUGUUAGACAGGUUACUGGAUUCCCUGCUCAAACUAAAGCGCAAGGUUCUAAUAUUUUCACAGUGGACUAAAGUUUUGGACAUCAUUGAUUAUUAUCUGUAUACUAAAGGGCUGAAUGUUUGCCGUAUUGACGGCAGUGUUAAAUUAGAAGAAAGGAGGAGGCAGAUAGCAGAGUUCAAUGACUUGAACAGCAGUAUGAAUGUCUUCAUUUUAAGCACACGUGCUGGUGGGCUUGGUAUCAAUCUUACAUCUGCUGAUACCUGUAUCCUGUAUGACAGUGACUGGAAUCCUCAGAUGGAUUUACAGGCCAUGGAUCGAUGCCACCGGAUUGGCCAAACACACCCAGUGCAUGUUUAUCGGUUGGCAACAUCCAAUUCUGUUGAAGUAUGGUUGGAUGACCUUCAGACUCUUGCUUGGAUAUAUUUUGUGGCAUCGGUACUCAUCUCCUCACUGUUGCAGGGACGGAUUAUCAAGAAAGCUUUUGGAAAGUUGAAGCUAGAGCAUGUCGUGAUCGGAAAGGGACAGUUUGAACAAGAUAGCGCGAAACCUAAUGUCUUAGAUGAGGAGGAGCUGCUUGCGCUGCUCAGGGAUGAACUAGAUGAGGAAGACAGGAUGAUCCAAACGGACAUCAGUGACGAGGAUCUUCUGAAGGUGAUGGAUCGGAGCGACCUCACCGGCCCGCCUGGCGCUGCCGAUGCCACCCCUCUUAUCCCCCUGAAAGGGCCUGGCUGGGAGGUCGUGCUGGCCUCGAAGAGUGGCGGCGGCAUGCUCUCAGCGCUUGCCAGCUGAGCCUUGCCCCAUCAUAGCAAUGGCGGCGCCCCAGUAUUUUUCUGGUUCUGAUUGUUCACUGCUAACUAGUUGGUGGCUUGUGAAAACAGUAUCCCCCAAAGUAAUUAUCAACCUGGCGCUGCACUUGUAGAUCAGGAGCUGAUGAUUUGGCAAAAACUUACAAGAAUUGCUCUAGCUUAGCUAAUGCCUUCUUCCCUGCCAUGCUUUCGUUCAGAAAACUAUGUAAGACUAUUUUGGUAGUCUAUGGUAAAACGUUGGAAAAUGACAUUAAGAUCUUACUGA